AUGUCCUACCAAGGCAAGAAGAACACCCCGCGGAUCGCGAGCGAACGUCUUCUGAUCAAGGGAGGCAGAAUCGUCAACGAUGAUCAAUUCUUUUAUGCUGAUAUUUACAUGGAAGACAGCUUAAUAAAGCAAAUUGGAGACAAUCUGAUUGUGCCUGGAGGGGUGAAGACCAUUGAGGUCAAUGGGAAAAUGGUGAUCCCUGGAGGCAUCAAUGUCCACACUCACUUCCAGAUGCCCUACAAGGGAAUGACAACAGUGGAUGACUUCUUCCAAGGGACCAAGGCUGCCUUAGUGGGGGGCACCACCAUGAUCAUUGACCACGUGGUGCCCGAGCCUGAGUCCAGCCUGACGGAGGCCUAUGAGAAGUGGCGGGAGUGGGCCGAUGGCAAGAGCUGCUGUGAUUAUUCCUUACACAUGGACAUUACCCACUGGAAUGACAGCAUCAAGCAGGAGGUGCAGAGCCUUAUCAAGGACAAAGGGGUGAACUCCUUCAUGGUUUCCAUGGCCUAUAAGGAUUUGUAUCAAAUGUCGAACACAGAGCUGUAUGAGAUCUUCACCUGUCUGGGAGAGCUGGGAGCCAUCGCUCAGGUGCACGCUGAGAAUGGGGAUAUCAUUGCCCAGGAGCAAACCCGGAUGUUGGAAAUGGGGAUAACCGGCCCAGAAGGCCAUGUACUGAGCAGACCAGAGGAGAUGGAAGCUGAGGCUGUGUUCCGUGCCAUCACCAUCACCAGCCAAACCAACUGUCCUCUCUACGUCACGAAGGUCAUGAUCAAGAGCCCAGCGGACCUCAUCUCGCAAGCCAGGAAAAAAGGAAACGUGGUCUUUGGUGAGCCCAUCACCGCCAGCCUGGGCACGGAUUGGACCCAUUACUGGAGCAAGAACUGGGCCAAGGAGGCUGUGUUUGUGACAUCCCCACCUCUGAGUCCUGACCCAACCACCCCUGACUACAUCAACUCCUCGCUGGCCAGUGGGGACCUGCAGCUCUCCAGGAGUGCCCACUGCACCAUCAGCACGGCCCAGAAGGCCAUCGGGAAGGACAACUUUACAGCCAUUCCCGAGGGCACCAAUGGUGUGGAGCAGCGGAUGUCUGUCAUCUGGGACAAGGCCAUGACCACAGGGAAGAUGGAUGAAAACCAGUUCGUGGCCAUGACAAGCACAAAUGCUGCCAAGAUCUUCAACCUGUGUCCCCGCAAGGGAAGAAUAUUUGUGGGGUCUGACAGCAACCUGGUGAUCUGGGAUCCAGAUGCUGUCAAGAUCGUCUCUGCCAAGAACCACCAGUCGGCUGCAGAGUACAACAUCUUUGAAGGGAUGGAGCUGCGUGGGGCUCCUCUGGUGGUCAUCUGCCAGGGCAAGAUCAUGCUGGCAGAUGGCAACCUGCACGUGACCCAGGGGGCUGGCCGCUUCAUUCCCUGCAGCCCCUUCUCGGACUAUGUCUACAAGCGCAUUAAAGCCCGGAGGAAGAUGGCAGACCUGCACACAGUGCCCAGGGGCAUGUAUGACGGGCCAGUGUUCGACCUGACCACCAUGCCCAAGGGGGGCACCCCCGCCGGCUCCACCCGGGGCUCUCCCACGCGGCCCAACCCGCCUGUGAGGAAGCUCCAUCAGUCCGGAUUUAGCCUGUCAGGCACCCAAGUGGAUGAGGGGGUCCACUCGGCCAGCACGCGCAUCGUGGCGCCCCCUGGAGGCCGUUCUAACAUCACAUCCCUGAGUUAAGCGACCCCUCCCCCAAAGAGAGGGGCAGAAGCAAGAAGCGAUUCUUUUGAAGCCAAAAUGGUACACCAAUAUUUAAGAAGGAAAGUGAAUCCAAACAGUUUCGAUCUAAAGAAUCAAUAAGC